UGUGAUCGAUUAUGAUGUUAUUUAUCUAAUUAUCUUUCAGCAUUAAAUUGAAAGAAUGAUAUUAACUUAUUCUAAUAAAAUUAUAUUGGCACCUAUGGUGCGAAUCGGAACACUACCUUUUAGAUUACUUGCACUCAGAUAUGGUGCUGAUAUUGUAUACACUGAGGAAAUAAUUGAUUACAAGAUGAUUGAAUGUAAAAGAAUUGAAAAUAAGUUACUUGAUACAAUAGAUUUCUUAUUGGCUGACGGGACUGUAGUGUUUCGCACCUGUAAAGAAGAAAAAGGAAAAUUAGUAUUUCAAAUGGGAACAAAUAAUGCUGAAAGAGCAUUAAGUGUUGCACAAAUGUUAGAAAAAGAUAUUGAUGGCAUUGACAUUAAUAUGGGUUGUCCUAAAGAAUUCUCUGUCAAGGGAGGUAUGGGUGCAGCUCUUUUAACACAACCUGAUAAAGUGAAGCAGAUAUUAACAGGACUUGUUCAAAAUCUCUCUAUACCAGUUACUUGUAAAAUAAGAAUUCUACCACAGCUAAGUGAUACCAUUGAGUUAGCUAAAUUAAUAGAGGCUACUGGUGUAAAAGCUAUUGCCAUCCAUGGCAGAACAAAAGAUGAGCGAUCUUCAUCCCCCUGUCACAAUGAUUACAUAAAAGCUGUUGCAGAUGCUGUAAAUAUUCCUGUAAUUGCCAAUGGUGGUUCUCAAGAUAUUAAAACAUAUUUUAAUAUUGCGAAGUUUAAAGAAGAAACAGGUUGCUCCUCUGUUAUGAUUGCUCGAUCUGCUCAAUGGAAUCCUUCUGUAUUCAGGAAAGAAGGAAUUCUCCCAUUAAUCGAUGUAAUAAAAGAAUACAUAAAAGUUGCAUUGAUUUUUGAUGCAUGUUUUACCAAUAUAAAGUAUGUUUUAUGUAAAAUGUUUGGCAAUACUGCCGGAUCAGAAUUAGGAAAAAGGUUAUCUGCAUCAGUCAAUUUGCAAGAUAUAUGUGAAACAUUUGAUCUUGAAGAUUUUCGCCAAAAUCUUUUGAAGGAAAGAGAGAUUCGUCGCACUGAAUUAGAGAGUGAACCAUCUCUUAAAAAGUUUAAAUCAAGUAAUUGUAUUGUUUUGGACGUGACUUACAAUAGGAAGUGGUACCCAAGAACGUUAAGUCCAUUACAAAAGGUCUACGACUAUUGCAUGCGGGAAGGAUUAAAACAACCUGUUCUGAAAACAGAAACGAGUACAGACAAGCUAUUUAAAUCUGAAAUUUUAGUAGAUAAUGUUCUUUAUACAACAAAAUUAUGGGCAAAAAGAAAAAAAUCUGCAGAACAAGGUGCUGCAAUAGCAUUUCUACAUUAUAAUGGAAUGCAUGAUGGAAGAAUUAAAGAGGAAUGAUUUGAUAAAUUUUUUGGAGCGAAUAAGUUAAUAUAACAUUUAAAUGCUUUCGUAUAAAAAGUGUACAAAUUUUUACAUUAGUGGUCAGAGUCGUAAAACGGGUCGUUAUUACACAGUAGGCAAAAAAUCAUAUAAAAAACAUUGGCUUCAAUUUGGAUGAAACAAGAUAAAUUAAAAGAAUACACUAUAAAUAGAAAAAAUCCCAAAAUAUUAGUUUGAUUUGAUAUGUAUUUCUAAAGAUAUUGAUAUUCAAUGUUACAUACUUAGAUUAAAAAUAUCGGUUUUGCCUGA